CCAGGUCAGCCACUAGACAAGUAUUUUUUUCCUGUUAUUGGAUCUUGUCUGUGGUCAGUACAUCAUUUUCUUCUUCGUGUGAAGCUACCAUCUUCGAAAGACUUUCGGGAUAUCAUGUGACUAGUCCACACUUGUCUACAGUGUCAUGCACUGGUUCAGCUUGCUCGCUAAUGGGAUGCGUAACACGAUGCGCGUACGGUCGAUGUUUGGCCGCCAGUUUUCAUGCAGGUCGUAAGAUCUGCCAGCUCCAUAGGAAACCUAUCAGUUCGCAGGAAGUGACGUUUCAUGAAUCACCAGAGUGGGAAUAUGCACAGCUAAUUACAGACGUCGUGCUGUAUGACGACUGGAUUCUAGCUUUUCGAGCUACUGCGCACAUUAACCAAUCAGCAUACACCACAUGGAUCACCCCUGGACAUUACGACGACCACCCAGCAAUACGUCACGACGUCCCCAUUGGCUGUUCGUCGGUGAACUCCUCCCACUUCUGUGACAGACACUUCAGAAGUAAACUCAUAGACAAAUGGAACUCGUUCAACAUAGAUCAGGUCAAAGUCGUGCUCUACAAAAAUGGAGUCGCUGUGGCGAACCUGACAUUCAGCGGUACGGGGACGUCAUCUACAUCGUGGUUUUCACAAACGAAACUCAUUUCUUCAAGUUGGAAUGACAUGUCAACAUCCACCUUUAACUACUUUUCCAUGGAAGGAGAUGCUCGUCUGGUCCGAUACUGGUUCAUCUCCAACGUGUACGGCGGUUGCCCACAUGACGUAGGCUGGAUGGUGGUUCUUGAGAAGCCAACUGCUCCAUGCGAUUGGGAGAAAGCCGUCACUGCGGGAUACCCUGCCUUUCUGUAUGCUCCCACCAACCAGAAGGUCGUUUGGGACUCGAACAAUGUCGAAGAAGCAGACGUGAUGGCAGUGUUUCUAAAGAUUUUACCUUGAGACCCUUCACGCAGUUCAUGAACAUUGUUAUAAAACAUUAAAAUGUUCUCUUUGAAGUAACGUUACACAUUAUUGACGUCCUAGCAAAUAUUUAUUUAUGAUAUAAUUUAUUUACAACAGUUGUAUACAAUGGGCCAUUAUGGGUUAGUAUGGGUUAGUUAUAGCCUUGGCGACGCAUCUGUUGAUACAAAAACGCGUGUUAAUCAAGCAGCCGAUAAUCAAGCAGUCUCGACAUUCGGUCACACGCGCGUGUACACAAAUAGCCGGAGUAAAAGGUCAGAAAGAAAUGUUUUAUUUAACGACGCACUCAACACAUUUUAUUUACGGUUAUAUGGCGUCAGACAUAUGGUUAAGGACCACACAGAUUUUGAGAGGAAA